AUGUCUACUACCAGCAGUACCAUCCCAAAAUUUCAUGUUGAUAGAACAACAAGCGGUUCACGAGUUCCACACAACAACUACAGAUGGCGUAUAGAACAAGACAUCUCAGAUAUAUUUGCCGCUCUCGAUGAUCUGAGCGUUGAUCUCGAUUCAUUGAACAACAACAACCCAACAAAAGAAUGCUACUACACAAGCAAGCCACUCCCACCUCUACCAGCUUUACCAAGUUCAACAUGCUUUGACUCGACAAAAAGCGACACCUCUUCAACUUCCUCGGCUUCUUUCAUCUUCGCAUCUGGACAAGCAUACAAGCAAAUAAAGGCCUACGAUAAGAGUCUCAGACCACAAGACGUUGUUCGAGAGACAGUGCAACAAAAAGUCCACAGCUGGCUAUCGCAACUUCCUUUCCGACCAGAAAUCGCUGAAUGUUAUCGAAGGCAGACUAUGCACAGUUGGCAGAAAUGGCCUACAAAACACAAGCGGAAUCAGAAAUCAGAACCUCCUAUCAUUACCAACAGUCCACGAAUGUCCGAAGAUACCACCAUCGCAGCAACAGACGAUGGUGAUACACAAAACGGCGAAAGAGACACCCUUGAAGCUUUCAAAAAACCUCAUAUUGGGCACGAUCGACGAAGGUCUCUCGAUAGCUACCAUUCAGCAUUGUUACACAUGGAGAAGCCGUUUGCGAACUACACCUCCAAAUUCUGUCCGACGCUGCGGCGAAAAUAUCCUAGAGGCUUGGAAGAUGAGGCUCGCUUGGGAAUAGGAGUCGCUUUCGUAACCGCAAAAUGCGAGGCCUGA